GCGGCGGCGGCGAGGUGCUGACGACGGAGGAGCGGACGCAGCAGCUGCGGGAGCGGCUGCACCAGCUGGAGGUGGCCACAUCGCGGCGACCGCAGGCGACACACCGCCCCUCGACGCCGGCCAGCUCCGUGGCGAGCACCCCCACCUGCCGAACACCCACACAUCCCUCCAGCGGCGAGAACAGCCUGCUGGACAAAAAGGUGCAGCAGAUGGUGGAGGAGUCGGCGGCCGGCUGCAAGUGCCGCAGCAACUGCAUGUCGGACGUGCAGCUUCGCCGUGUGGCGGAGGGCCAGUACAACGUGGCGGGGCGCACCGUCUUCAUACGGCUGCUGAAGGGACGUCACGUGAUGGUGCGCGUGGGCGGCGGUUGGGACACGCUGGAGCACUUCCUGAGCCGGCACGACCCGUGCCAGUCGGCCAGCCUGCCCGGCUCGCUGGCCACCGGCGGCGGCGACACCACCGAGAUGUUCCUCCGGCUGCCGGCCACGCCCCGCUCCCGCUGUCAGGUGCCCUCCAACGGCUGAGGCGCCGCCCAUCGGCAGCGGGCCGCCCGGCUGGACAUCGGUCCGCUGAACAGGCUGAGGGGAGCCGCCCGAGCCGGCCGCCGCCCAUCGGCAGCGGGCCGCCCGGUUGGACACUGGUCCACUGGACAGGCUGAGUGGGGCCGCCCGAGCCGGCCGCCAAUCUCGGCACCGCGCCAGCGGCCGUCUGGCGGACGCACGACGAGAGAACCGGUCGACCGGCUGGGUCGCUUUGAUGAGCCGGAGCCUCCCCGUCCGUCGAUGGCGGCGAGGGAGACAGCUCUCGUGCAGUUCCCGUUCUGGACGCGCCGCCAUGAUAGCGAUGCCGACCACGGAGCGAUGCGGUGCGAUGCGGUGCGGUGCAGUGUGGGGCGACGCGAUGCAAUGCGGUGCAAUGCGAGUGCAAUACG